AUGGUGGCUGGAAAAUGGCGGUCCUCGUGGCCCUCCUGGGCUCUUGGCCUUGUCAGCCUCGCCGGCCUUGCUGCGCUCGCCUGGCUUGCCAAGCGCCUCCUGGCGCGACGGGGUCCGAGGAGCUUGGGCCGUUCGGCGAUCCCCUUCCUUGAGGCCCCGCCUCGCGAAGCUCCUCGCGAAGGCCCACUUCGACAAGAGCCUCGAGAAGCCCAGCCUCGGGAAGUCCCGGAUCACGAAGCUCCUGCUCGAGAAGAAGGGCCCGGUGAGUCCCAAGCUUCAGAAGGCCGGGUCCCUCGAGAAGAGGUCCCUCGAAAAGAUGAGCGUCCUGCUCCGGUGGAGGAGGGGUCCCAGGCGGAGGCUCUCCCGGCGACCCGCAGUGAAGGGAUCGCAGCACCUGGCGCCGUGGAUGCCGUUCAGGCUCCCGAUGCCAGACCUUUCCAAGCUGCUAGCUCCAGUGCAGGUCCAGCCGAGCAGCUGCCGGAGGCAUCAGAGGCGCCAGCAGAGCAACCCAAGGCCACAGCCAAACCGAGCCAAGCGGCUGCCAAGAAGGCGGGCAAAGCUACCGGAAUGGCCCGUGGUUUUUUGAACAAGCCAGCGAAGAAGCAAAGCAAGAAGGUAGACUCCGAAGCCACCUCGCCUCCCACGUCUGCCUCUGCUUCGACUGCGCCAGCGCCGGAGACGCAGAAGGAAGCAAAUGCCGGCAAGGCCACCACCGCCGCGACCGCUGUUGCCACAGCCACGGCCACCUCUGCAGAGGACUCCACCUCAGCAACUGUGAAGGAGAUAGCUCGAGCACAGGAGGCUGGAGUCGCCGCGUUCCACAACUGCUCCUUUCGCGAAGCGAAGGCCUCGUUUGAGCGAAUGCGCGACACAGCACGAGCUGCCGGACUUGGCAGAGAAGAAGGCCAAGCAAGCCGGCUGCUUGCGAAUGCUUUGGAUAAGUUGGACGCUCCUGAAGCC